AUGUCAGAAGUCAAGAAUGCCGUCGAGGAGUAUCCUCUGUCUCGAGAUUAUGUCGACUUCAAUCGACUCAAUCUUCAGCACUAUAUCUUGAAAGAUAUGUUUGGAUACAGCCUGCAUCCGAAGAUCCCGCGGACUCAAAAGUCUUUGAAGAUUGCAGAUGUUGGCACAGGGACUGGGAUAUGGCUACUAGAUCUAUUGUCGCAACUCAAUCCAUCCACGGAGCUUGUUGGCAUAGAUAUCGACAUUACGCAAGUUGGGCCUAGGGAGUGGCUUCCAGAUAACCUGACCCUAAGACAAUGGAAUGUAUUCACAGACGUACCAGAUGAUCUCGUUGGAGCCUUUGACAUUGUACAUCUACGCCAUUUUGCCUUCGUGAUCGAAGAAGACACCACACCUAUACUGCAGAAACUGAAGAAAUUAUUGAAACCUGGCGGAUAUUUACAGUGGUGUGAGGUUGAUGUUCCAUCCUUCCGUAUCAACACCGCAUCGCCAAGUGUAUCUACGAAUGGUCUCGUGGAGCUUUGGGAGCAAACCAUGCCAAAAGAGACACGACUCUUCCCGAAGUGGGUCAAGAUGCUACCAGAAAGCUUCAGAAACGAGGGUUUCCUAGAUGUCACGACGGACUGGCAUGACCAAAGGGGACAUAUAGGCAUUGCGAUGCAUUGGUGCAACUUGCCUAUACACGAGAUGCUCGCUGACAGGCCGAGAUCAUCUAAGACGGAGAAAUCAUCGAUGAUCGCAAUGAUGGAAACAGCUUCAGUAGAGUCGCGCAAAGGCGCUAUGUACGCAUUCGACAGGGUCGUUGUGGUUGGCCAGAAACCAUAG